AUGUCAACUCACUUAGAGAAUUCAAAUAAAACAACCGAAUUAGAAAUUAAAACUUUCGAAUUAGAAAAUUAUCCUACAAGUCCUAUGAUCACUUAUAAAGAAACAAAAAAUAAUAUUACACAACGAUCUUUUAAUUAUUUUAUAGAGGCUGAAGGAUUUUAUCUAAAUGCUUCUAAACUUCAUUAUACUUUACCUCCUAAAAAGCAUCCAAUUUCUGAUAAUUAUUCUGUGAUAACUAGUUGGGGACGUGGUAAAAAUCAGCAAACGAUUCAGUGUAAAAUAGUCUAUGUAAAUGGAAAACCAGAAUUUCAAAUUCGAUUUGGUACCUUUUUUGAACAUGAAAUUAAAUCAAGUAUAUCAGCUACCACGGCUGCAACAAACUAUGAAAAGGCUAUAAAUAAAACAAGUCGAUUGUCUGGAUCGUUGCUAUUUGGAUUACAGCUUCAGAUACUUAAAAAUAUUAGAGAAUCUCGACCUAAACAAUAUUUACCUGCAAUGCCAUAUUUAAUUAAACCUUCUGAACAAUAUUCCCAGUCAACACUUGAUAGACGUGCAAAAGAUAUUGCAGAGAUGAUUAAAAAAGAAUUUGUUCAAAAUUCCAUAUUUACAUACCAUAAGCAGGAUUCUAUUUUAUUAAAGUCAUUCGAAUAUUCUGUUGAUAAUCAUAUUUAUCAUCUAAAUUUUGGAGCAGAUGAUAUUAUACAAAACAAAAAUGAAAUUUUAAAUAUUAUUAAAACAAUAGAUUCAAAUUAUAUUUCUCGUGAUGCUUAUCGAAGUUUAGCUGCAAUAAAUUAUUAUCUGCCACGUGAACAUAAUAUCGUAACUGAACGGAAUAAUUUAACUUAUAAGAUGACUGAAGACAUUCCAAUUAAACUUGUUGAUAUGAAUAUGGAUGCAACAGAUAGUUUAGAAAUUAGUGAAGGAUCUGAUAAUAUAGAUGUUAAUAUAGAUAUUAAUAAAGUUCUAAGUUCAGUAGGUACUGGUAGGCAACGUAACUGUAAAGGAAUACUUAGAUAUUUAAUUCCUUAUUUAGUACAUGAAGAUAUAUUAUCAAUUGCCGAUCCAAUAAUACAUUUACGAAUUUCUGGUGAUGGCAGAAAUGUAGGUCGGAAAGUUAAACAUGUUAUGAUCACCUUUAUGAUUCUUAAUGAUCAAAAGCACCAACAUAUGCCUAAUUAUCACUAUACUAUUGCUUUAUAUCCGGGAAUUGAAAGAUAUGAAUCUCUCGAAAUUAUACUAAAUCCAUUUCUUAACGAUCUUAGAGAUCUUAAAAUUAAUGGAUUAGAGGUUGAAGGUAUUCUUUGGUAUUUUGAAUUAUAUUUUAGUAGUGAUUGGAAAUUUCUCGCAAUUUGUCUUGGACUAAAUGCAGCAAAUUCAAAUCAUUUUUGUGCUUGGUGUCUCUGUUCUAAACAAGAAAUUGGUAAUAUAACACAAGAUUGGCGAAUUACAAAAUCAAUGGAUGAUUUAAAAAAUAAUUAUCUUAAUAUACCUAGCCAUAUCAAACCACCAUUAUUUGAAAUGAUUCCUUUAUCUAACUACGUGUUUGAUGAGUUACAUGUAUUAUUACGAGUUGAAGACAGGCUUUGGACAUUAAUAUUAUCAGAAAUUAAAGAACGAGGUUUAUUUAAUGAUAUCAGUCGUCAAAUUAUUGUAAAUGAGAUGAAACGGCUCAAUAUUAAAUUUCAUUUCUGGGAAGAAUCUAAUACGUGGAAAUACACAUCAUUAACUGGUAAUGAUAAAAUUAAAGUAUUACAAUAUUUUAAUUUAGCUACUUUUUUUCGUCCAAGUCGAGCUAAAUUAAUUCAAUCUUUGUGGAACAAAUUUAUCGAAUUAUAUAAGGCAAUAUUUGAUAAAGAUAAUGAUCCUUUAUAUAUAAAAUAUUUAGCACUUGAAUGGUUAAAAUUUUUUUUAAAACCUGAUGAAAAAGAUUCAAAUAAUCCACAAAACAUCAUCAAAGGUCUUUAUUUACCAAUUCAUAUAACUCCUUAUAUUCAUUUUUUAAUAUUUCACAGAUGGGAAUUAUAUCAAAAACAUAACCGUUGGGGGUUAAAGGCAUUCUCUUGUAGCGCAGUUGAAAAAAAAAAUCACAUGCAUGUAUCUUUUUUUUUUCGUAAAACUGCUAUGAAUGGUGGAAAUCUACUUAAGAGAAAUGCAGCUACAAUUGAAAUUUUAGAAUAUGAAUCACGAAACCUUUUUUUUGCUUAUAAUAACCUUCCUCCGCUUUCUGAUUUAAACUUUCAAAAGCAAACUGGACAAGAGACCAAAGUAGAUAUUAAAUUUUGUGAAGAG